CCCCGCCCCGCCAGCCCGGGCCCUACCUGCGGCCGCCGUCGGGGGAGGGGGGUCCCCCCAGCUCUGCGGAGCCGCAUGAACAAUAGGCGGCGGCGGCUCCUGCGGGCGGCGGCAGCCCCGCACCCUAUGGAUCGGCCGCUCCAUGGAGCCCUCCAGAGCGCUUCUCGGCUGCCUGGCGAGCGCCGCCGCUACCGCCCCGCCGGGGGAGGAUGGAGCGGGGGCCGCGGCCGAGGAGGAGGAGGAAGAGGAGGAGGAGGCGGCGGCGGCCCCUGGGGAGCUGGGUUCCGAUGCGCCGCUGCCCUACUGGACGGCGGUGUUCGAGUACGAGGCUGCAGGCGAGGACGAGCUGACCCUGCGGCUGGGCGACGUGGUGGAGGUGCUGUCCAAGGACUCGCAGGUGUCCGGAGACGAGGGCUGGUGGACCGGGCAGCUGAACCAGCGGGUGGGCAUCUUCCCCAGCAACUACGUGACCCCGCGCAGCGCCUUCUCCAGUCGUUGCCAGCACGGCGGCGAGGACCCCAGUUGCUACCCGCCCAUUCAGUUGUUAGAGAUUGAUUUUGCGGAGCUAACCCUGGAAGAGAUUAUUGGCAUCGGGGGCUUUGGGAAAGUCUAUCGUGCUUUCUGGAUAGGGGAUGAGGUUGCCGUGAAAGCAGCUCGCCACGACCCCGAUGAGGACAUCAGCCAAACCAUAGAGAAUGUUCGCCAGGAGGCCAAGCUCUUUGCCAUGCUGAAGCACCCCAACAUCAUUGCCCUUAGGGGUGUGUGUCUGAAGGAACCCAACCUCUGCUUGGUCAUGGAGUUUGCACGCGGAGGGCCUUUGAAUAGAGUGUUAUCUGGGAAAAGGAUUCCCCCAGACAUCCUGGUGAACUGGGCUGUGCAGAUUGCCAGAGGGAUGAACUACUUACAUGAUGAGGCCAUUGUCCCCAUCAUCCACCGCGACCUUAAGUCCAGUAACAUAUUGAUCCUCCAGAAGGUGGAGAAUGGAGACCUGAGCAACAAGAUUCUGAAGAUCACUGAUUUUGGCCUGGCUCGAGAGUGGCACCGAACCACAAAGAUGAGCGCAGCAGGGACGUAUGCUUGGAUGGCGCCCGAAGUCAUUCGUGCCUCCAUGUUUUCCAAAGGCAGUGAUGUGUGGAGCUACGGGGUGCUGCUUUGGGAGCUCCUGACUGGCGAGGUGCCCUUCCGAGGAAUCGAUGGCUUAGCCGUAGCGUAUGGAGUGGCCAUGAACAAGCUCGCGCUCCCCAUUCCUUCUACGUGCCCGGAACCUUUUGCCAAACUCAUGGAAGACUGCUGGAAUCCCGACCCUCACUCACGACCAUCUUUCACAAAUAUCCUGGACCAGCUAACUACCAUAGAGGAGUCUGGUUUCUUUGAAAUGCCCAAGGACUCUUUCCACUGCCUGCAGGAUGACUGGAAACAUGAGAUCCAAGAGAUGUUUGACCAACUCAGGGCCAAAGAAAAGGAGCUGCGCACCUGGGAGGAGGAGCUGACGCGGGCCGCGCUGCAGCAGAAGACGCAGGAGGAGCUGCUGCGGCGCCGCGAGCAGGAGCUGGCCGAGCGGGAGAUCGACAUCCUGGAGCGGGAGCUCAACAUCAUCAUCCACCAGCUGUGCCAGGAGAAGCCCCGGGUGAAGAAACGCAAGGGCAAGUUCAGGAAGAGCCGGCUGAAGCUCAAAGAUGGGAACCGCAUCAGCCUUCCUUCCGACCUGUCCCCUGCUCUGUCCAGCCACCGACUGGCCCAGGCUUGCUCCAUCCAUAACUUCUGCCACCUCUCCUCGACAAUGUGUAUAUACAUGCACAUAUUGACACCAGGUGAAAGCAGCAAAACCUGGGGCCGGAACUCAGUCGUCCCGAAAGAAGAAGGGGAGGAGGAGGAGAAGAGGGCCCCCAAGAAGAAAGGACGGACGUGGGGGCCAAGUACACUCGGUCAGAAGGAGCUUGCCUCGGGAGAUGAGGGCCUCAAGUCCCUGGUAGAUGGAUAUAAACAGUGGUCGUCCAGUGCCCCCAACCUGGGGAAGGGCCCGAGGAGUAGCCCAGCCCUGCCAGGGUUCACCAGCCUUAUGGAGAUGGAGGACGAGGACAGCGAAGGCGCCAGGAGUGGGGAGAGUCGUCUGCAGCAUUCACCCAACCAGUCCUACCUCUGUAUCCCGUUCCCUCGCGGAGAGGAUGGGGAGGCCCCCACCAGUGAUGGAGUCCAUGAGGAGCCCACCCCAGUCAAUUCAGCCACCAGUACCCCUCAGCUGACGCCAACCAACAGCCUCAAGCGGGGCGGCGCCCACCACCGCCGUUGUGAGGUGGCUCUGCUUGGCUGUGGGGCUGUUCUCGCAGCCACAGGCCUCGGCUUUGACCUGCUAGAAGCUGGCAAGUGCCAGCUGCUUCCCCCGGAGGAGCCUGAGCCACCAGCCCGGGAGGAGAAGAAGAGGCGGGAGGGUCUCUUCCAGAGGGCCAGCCGUCCUCGUCGGAGCACCAGCCCCCCAUCCCGGAAGCUCUUCAAGAAGGAGGAGCCCAUGCUGUUGCUAGGAGACCCCUCUGCCUCCCUCACGCUGCUUUCUCUCUCCUCCAUCUCCGAGUGCAACUCCACCCGCUCCCUGCUGCGUUCCGACAGCGACGAGAUCGUGGUGUACGAGAUGCCCGUCAGUCCGGUCGAGGCCCCGCCCCUGGCCCCUUGCACCCACAACCCCCUGGUCAACGUCCGAGUGGAACGCUUCAAGCGAGACCCUAACCAGUCCCUGACCCCUACCCACGUCACCCUUACGGCCCCCACGCAGCCCAGUGGUCACCGGCGGACUCCUUCGGACGGGGCCCUCAAGCCAGCGGCUCUCCUUGCCAGCAGGAGCCCCUCCAGCAAUGGCUUGAGUCCCAGCCCUGGAGCAGGAAUGUUGAAAACCCCCAGCCCCAGCCGAGACCCAGGUGAAUUCCCCCGCCUCCCCGACCCCAAUGUGGUCUUUCCCCCGACCCCAAGGCGCUGGAACACACAGCAGGAUUCCACCCUGGAGAGACCCAAGACCCUGGAGUUUCUGCCCCGGCCACGUCCUUCCGCCAACCGGCAGCGGCUGGAUCCUUGGUGGUUUGUGUCCCCCAGCCAUGCUCGUAGCGCCUCCCCGGCCAAUAGCUCCAGCACGGAGACUCCCAGCAACCUGGACUCCUGCUUCGCCAGCAGCAGCAGCACCGUAGAGGAGCGGCCCGGACUCCCAGCCCUGCUCCCCUUCCAGGCAGGGCCACUGCCCUCUGCCGAGCGGACGCUUCUGGACCUGGACGCAGAGGGUCAGAGUCAGGACAGCACCGUGCCGCUGUGCAGAGCCGAACUGAACACACACAGGCCUGCCCCUUAUGAGAUUCAGCAAGAGUUCUGGUCUUAACACGAAAAGGGUUGGGAGCGGCCAAGGGGGAAGCAGGCGGAGAUGGGGGGAGCUGGCUGGCACAGCCCUUUCUCAGAGUUGGACCCCCUGAAAUCCAGCCCUACUUCUUGCACUGAUAAUGCACUUUGAAGGUGGAAGGGGUGGAAGCAGGGCCAUCAGAGGGUCCCCUGCCCUGUAGGGCCUUUUUACCCAUGUCCACUGGAAGGGGCUGUGGCCAUCAGCUCUGGCUGUGUAGGGGAGGGAGGGGUGCGUGCAUGUCCCCCACCCUCCACAGUCUUCCUCGCCUUUAGGGUGAUCUGCAGGGUCACUCAGCCAAAUCUGUCUGCUGCUCCCUCUCCUCAGCCACCUGGCUAAGCCCGGAGCCUGUCCUGGAGUCCUUUUGUUAGCCCCGAGUUCAGCCUUCCCAAGCGCCAGUAUUGGAUGUUCUGUGGUUGAUUUUGCUCCUCUUCCACAUUCUUCCCCAACACCCAUGAGUCAGAGUCUCAUUUGGUGUGAGAGGAGAGCUUUUCUGUGUCCUGAGCCCUCACGCGCCAGCUGGGGGACUGAAGGCAAGGUGCCCCCGGGGUGGGACGUAGGAGUUGAGGGACCUGAGACUUAGCCUGCCUGCCCUUCCAGGCACCCCACUUAUUUAUUUGAGCCUCGCAGGGGUGAGGGGACCUGAGGAGAGGAGAGAGAAUUAGGAGAAGCAGAGUUGAGUGCCAGCAAAGAGGGUAACAGAGUCUGCCCUUGUUCCUUUUGGAAACACACUAAUAAAGGCAGAAACCAGCACCUGUU